AUGUCCAGCGACAGUGCUGGCCCGUUGAAUGUGUUCAAUGGCUUUACAAACGAUGAGCAGUUCUACACGGGUCGCGGCCAUUGCAAAGGCGGCAUCCACCAGCGUUCAACCGAGUACUGGGACCCAUCAGUGCCAGAGGACUCGGUCACCUAUCAGGACCUGACAAGCUACGUCACAGAGUGUUUCAGCCGCCUCGGUGUGAAAGACCCACGCCUCAUCGUUGCCACCAUGCAGUCGUACACUGUCGGAGAGCACAGCCUGUGCGCCAGAGCAGUGCGCGUGCUCGCCCUGUACCGCAACGCGGCGUUUCGUAAUCACCCUCCCUAUAGGGGAAUUGGGCCGAACGUUACCAACCGCGGAGGCAACCUCCGUUAUUACAUUCCGCAGGACCUGGCUACGUCAUGGCCGCGAGUGCCGGCGAGCGUCCAGAAGAUUGUGGAGGCAUGA